AUGGCUGAAGCCAACCUUGAGCAGCAACCUAACCUGCUAGCUCAAGCAGAGCAGAUUGCUCUCAAUUUUGACCUUAGUACUGAGCACGUCAAACAAGUGACGAGCCAUUUCGUCCGCCAGUUGAAGGACGGCCUCGUCAAUCACCGGGUCUGGCAGUUACCCUCCUACGUGCGAAGCGUGCCCACAGGCAAGGAAAAGGGGCGGUUCCUGGCCGUUGAUCUCGGCGGUAGCAAUUGCAGGAUAUGUCUUGUCGACUUGCACGGCGACUCUACCUUUACCGUGACGCAGAGCAAGCACAGCGUCCCGCCAACUGUCAUGGUUAACUGCAGCUAUCGGCCUCUUUUCGAUUUCCUUGCGCAGCGGAUAGCGGAAUUUCUCGAUGAGCAUCUCGACCCUGCCAGUCCGUCGCCGUACAGGCUAGGUUUCACGUUCAGUUUCACCUGCGAGCAGACGUCCCUCGCUGGCGGGCGUCUCAUACACUGGGACAAAGGCUGGGAUAUCCCCGAUGCGGUUGGUCGAGAUCCCUGCGUCAUGUUGCAAGAGGCUAUUGAUGUGCUGGGGUUACCGGUUGUGGUGACCGUUCUGGCAAAUGAUAGUGUUGGUACGCUCCUGACGAGAGCCUACAGCUCCGGCCAGCAGGCUUCGACCCUCGGUGCGGUCAUCUUCGGGACGGGAACCAACGCCGCUUACGUCGAGAAGCUGUCUAAUGUGCGUCGACUGGGUGUCAAGGCACGCGAGGAUGAAAUCAUGGUGAUGAAUACGGAAUGGGGCUGUCUCGACGACAAGAUGGAAGUCUUACCGCGGACAUCCUUCGACGACGCCCUCGACGCAGCGUCGGUCGAUCCAGGCUCGCAGAUGUUCGAAAAGAGGGUUUCGGCCCUGUACCUUGGGGAGCUACUCCGGCUGGUGAUUGUUCAACUGCUGCAGACGGAUGCGUUUGACAUGAAGGUCGACAAGGCCUCAAAGGUCUUCCAGUUAGGCGGCGUUGAUUGUCCCGUUCUGUCGGGGCUUGCCUUGAUUGAUCCCGACGAUUUCGACGGCGCUAGGAUAUUUAUCCAGGACACAUUGUCUGCGGAAAAUGUCAGCCAAGUCGAUGUCCAGGCUAUACGACUACUGGCCACGUCUAUUGCGCGACGAGCAGCACGUCUAGCGGGCGCCUCUCUAGCAGCCAUCAUCAUCCAAAGCGAGCGCCUUGACAUUCAAUACCACCGCUCAAGACAAUCGACCUCAGCCCCUGUCGGUACGAUCAACCGCUCCCAGCUUGUGACUCCCCGCUGGCGCCGAUUCUUGGGCUGCAUGGGAAUGAGUUCACCAAGCAGUAAACCGCUACCAUGGCAUGCAGACCUCCAGACCUGUAUGGACGACGACGACAUCGUCGACAUCGUCGACAUCGGAGCGGACGGCUCGCUAAUCGAAUUCUACCCUGGCUUCGAGGCCGAGAUGCGUGGUGCAAUGCGGGAUGUACCAGAAAUUGGAGAGGCUGGUGAGCGAAGAAUCCGUAUAGGUCUUGCAAAGGACGGGUCCGGUGUUGGUGCUGCCUUGAUGGCGCAGGCAGCGAGUCAGUGUGAGCAGGAAAGUAGAAGAAUGGAUUGA